AUGCGCCUCUUACAUGCCAAGACUCUCGAAUUCGAAGUCCUCCACGAUAAUGAGAUACCGCGCUAUCUUAUACUAUCGCACACAUGGGGAAUUGAGGAGAUUUCCUAUCAAGAGAUGCGCUUUUUGCAACAGCAUCACGCCUUGCCCGAUAGCCUCAAAAGCGAUACCACAAUACAAAAGGCCGCCAAGCUCGCAAGAGAGAAGGGACUGAAAUACAUCUGGAUAGACACCUGUUGUAUCGGCAAAAGUAGCAGCGCGGAGCUACAGGAAGCAAUCAACUCAAUGUAUCGAUGGUAUCAGCAAUCCUGCUUCUGUAUGGUUCACUUGGAAGAUGCAGAUUCCGUGCGAGACCCGGACUCUGUUUUGCACCGCCGUUAUGAUAUUGCAACAAUAUUACGUACAUCCCGAUGGAUCACUAGAGGCUGGACUUUACAAGAACUCAUCGCACCCAAGGCUCUCGCAUUCUAUGAUCAAGAUUUCUCACUCAUUGGCUCCAAGAGUAUGUUCUGUCCAACGAUUGCCGAAGUGACAGGGAUACCUCUAUCUGUUUUGCGUACUGGUGACCUGAAUCAAGCUUCAGUCGCACAAAAAAUCCUCAUGGGCCUGUUUGGUAUUCAUAUGCCUAUGCUGUACGGUGAGGGUGACAAUGCAUUUAGACAGUUGCAGGAAGAGAUCAUGAGAAGGACACCUGACGACUCAAUCUUCGCAUGGAAGGCACCUGAUGGAUGUGGGACGAUUCAAUCUUCGCCCUUCCGCUGGGUGCGAUAG